CAAUCAAUUCAAUGACGGAGAACCAAUAAUCGGACGGUCCUGGUUAUUCUUUCAUGUCCACUGUACCACAGGUCAAAAAAUCACAGCUCUCUAGCUCCAGUACUGAGUGCAGAGAAAGAAACACCGUAAGACUUCUCAUCUCGGUCUAAAACCAGGGCGUCCUUCCCGCACAAUCUAGGGUUUCACAAACAAUUAUCAGCCAUGUACAGAGCUGCAGCUUCACAUGUUAGGGCUUUCAAGGGCCAUAGAAUCAGUAAGUUGCCUGCAAGAUUUGCAAGUUCAAGUGCUGCUGCUUUGCAAUCAUCUUCUUCAGGUGGUCUCUUCAGCUGGCUAACUGGUGAAAAGUCCAAGUCUUUGCCUUCUCUGGAAUUCCCCCUUCCAGGAGUUGAACUCCCACCCACAUUGCCUGAUUAUGUUGAACCUGGAAAAACCAAGAUUACAACACUCUCAAAUGGCGUGAAAAUUGCCUCUGAAAUAUCACUGAAUCCUGCAGCAUCAGUAGGGUUGUAUGUUAACUGUGGUUCAAUAUACGAGUCUCCAGCCUCAUUGGGGAUCACACAUUUACUGGAGCGGAUGGCAUUCAAAAGCACAAGAAACCGCAGCCAUUUGCGUAUUGUGCGUGAAGUUGAGGCAAUUGGGGGCAAUGUGCAAGCCUCAGCAUCUAGGGAGCAGAUGGGAUACACCUAUGAUGCUUUAAAGACCUAUAUUCCAGAGAUGGUAGAAUUGCUUAUUGAUUGUGUGAGGAAUCCUGUCUUCCUUGAUUGGGAGGUCAAUGAGCAGCUUCAGAAGGUCAAAGCAGAGAUUAGUGAAGCUUCUGCCAAUCCUCAAGGAUUGCUUAUGGAAGCAAUUCAUUCUGCUGGGUUUUCUGGUCCAUUAGCUAAUCCUCUUUUGGCACCUGAAUCUGCAAUAAGUAGAUUGAAUGGUACAAUCUUGGAGGAAUUUGUAGCAGAAAAUUUUACUGCUUCUCGGAUGGUGCUUGCGGCUUCUGGUGUUGAACAUCAGGAACUGGUGUCCAUUGCGGAGCCCCUUUUAGCUGACCUACCUGAAGCUAGUAAUACUGGAGUGCCCAAAUCUGUUUACACAGGAGGUGAUUUUCGCUGUCAAGCAGAUUCAGGGGACCAAAGAAUCCAUUUUGCUCUCGCAUUUGAAUUUCCUCAUGGUUGGUCUGAUGACUCCAAUGCCAUGUCCUUGACUGUUCUUCAGAUGCUGAUGGGCGGAGGUGGAUCCUUUUCAACUGGUGGCCCUGGAAAAGGAAUGUACUCAAGGCUAUAUCUUCGAGUCCUGAAUGAAUAUCCACAAAUUCAAUCCUUCACAGCAUUCAGCAACAUUUAUGAUCGUACUGGCAUAUUUGGUAUCCAAGCCACCACUAGUUCUGAUUUUGCAUCAAAAGCCAUAGAUGUAGCAGUUAAUGAGCUAAUUGCAGUUGCUUCACCUGGUGCAGUUGACCCAGUACAGCUAGAUCGUGCAAAACAGUCAACAAAGUCUGCAAUUUUGAUGAAUUUGGAAUCUAGAAUGAUUGCUUCAGAAGAUAUAGGUAGACAGAUUUUGACAUAUGGUGAGAGGAAACCUUUGGAGCAUUUCUUGAAGAUUGUAGAUUCAAUUACAUUGCAAGAUAUUACUAAAAUUGCGCAAAAGCUGAUUUCUUCCCCUCUCACAAUGGCAUCAUACGGAGAUGUUAUCAAUGUCCCAACCUAUGAUUCAGUCAGCUGCAAGUUCAAGUUGAAAUGAAAAAGAUUUUUUUUGUUUUUGCCUACAAACUGGGCUGUCUAUAUUGAUGUGCAUCAGCAAAACUUAAAAAGUUUUUUUUACAGCAAGCUUCAGUUGAAAUAAGGAAAUCUCAGACAUCCCACCUUAAUAAAUUGGUGAUCCUUGGCAGGCAACAUUAUGUGAUGGUGGCAAUUUGGCACAAUAGGUUUUGCUUCCUUAUUCGAUGGUGUAUUUUAUGUUUAACAGUCGCUGAAAAUGAUAAUUAUAUUCUUUUGUAGUUUACCAAUUGGCUAAAGCAAAUUGGAACCUCAUUAAUUGGUUAUUCACGACCCCAAAGCCAUUCUUCAUUAAACUUAAUGGCCAUUCGGCUAUGCUAUUUUAAUAAAACCUCUAAUAGCUUAUGAUGGCUGUUGAUUGCAA